UUCUGAUUGGCUCUCAGUCCCAAACGCGGAAGUUAGAGUGGACACGGGUGGUAAACAAACGUAGACGGAGGAAUUGAGCGUGGAAAUAAACACGUUUCAUGGAUUCAUUGAAUCCCCACUCGAGACUGACGACUGUUGGUGUUGUAAAUAAGUGAUUUCUGUGGGUUUUCUCUUCUGCUUCUGCUUCCACACGCAUUCUUCAUGUCCACCAUGUUGGACGCGGCUGCAGAGCAGAUGAUGGUCCACAGUGAUUUCCACGCGGCGUUUGACACGUGUGACAGAGGUUUGCAGAGUCUGUCCAGCAUGAACUCAGAGGACAACAGGUGUGGAGAAUUAAAAGCUGGUUUCUGCAUCUUAGGGAUUCAAGCUCUGGCUGAGCUGAAUCAGUGGACCAGGGUCCUCCCCUGGAUCCUGCAGCAGUACCAACACCCGGAGACAAUACCAGCAAAGAUCAUGCAGAUGUGCAUUCUCCUCUACUCUAAGGUGGGAGAACCUGCUGCGAUGCAGGAGGCAGCCACAGUUUGGUUGCACUGCUCGUCCAACAGCAGCGCGUCAGGGUUCGGGACGGUGGCCGAGCUGCACCUGCUGCACGUCCUCGUCCCGCUCGGACACACGGACGAGGCUCGAGAGUUGAUUGUGGGCGAGGUCGGAGGCGGAGCGUUCACAGAAGACCAGAGACGGACGGCGCUGAGUGUCGUUGAAGAAAAAGAGCAACAGAACGGAGAACCGCCUCCAAACCCCGACACGGACUCUGAGAGUUCUGCUCAGACUGAAGGCGCUGUCGUCCGUAAACUUGAAGCCGUGCUCACGUGUUUGUACAGAAAAGUGUUUGUGACGCGCUCCGGCUCGGUUCCUCUGCGCAGGAUCUUCGUGGCGGUCGUUCUUCUCUACCUGCUGUUUGUGCGCGUGGAUCCAGCUCUCCCGUCGUCUUUCAUGUGGAUUUCCAAACUUCUCCAAGUGCUCAAGCAGAUGUGGAGAUCCACGUUUGCUCCUCAGAGCAGAGUCGUUUUUUAAAUCAUUCUUUUUAAGUUCAGUCAUCACAGCCAAUAAAAUCCAUAUCACCAUU